GCUACAGAAAAACUGCGGCUUUAAGUCAAAGAUGUCACGUCAUCAAAAGGCGACACAGUUGUAUGGGACAGAAAACGUAAUAGGUUCGUGUUUGUGCGAAUACUGUGAAAUCCCGCUUCCUCUGCUGCAACAUUGUGCAUUGCGCUCAAUUCAACCGCUAAUGAAUCCAUUAAUUAGACGGAGACUCCCUACGUCUGUGAAGAGUCUUCUGACAGACAUCGGUCCGAAGGAGGAGUGGACUGACGCGGAGGCAGACACAGUGACCAGAGAUGGGAUUCUGCUUCCGUCCAGGGGAGCAGUAUUUGAACAAGAGGAGUAUCUCAGGCCAGCCAAGACACCAAACGAGCAGGCUACCGAGGAUGGGAGUAACUCCAGGGGGAGCGCAGUCUGCAUGUUGUGUAAAUCUAAACCCUCACGCUACACCUGUCCUCGGUGUAACCUGCAUUACUGUGGCUUGGCUUGUUACCAGAGCCCACAUCACUCUGUGUGUUCUGAAGAGUUUUACAAGGAGUCUGUUCUUCAGGAGCUAAAGGAUAUGGGGAAAACAGAAAGUGAGGGGAGAAAGAAAAUGAAGGAGAUUCUUGUGGGACUCAAACAAAAGGCAGAAAGGACAGAUGGGGGGCUGGAAAGGUUGUUAAAAGAAGAGGGCAUUGUGUCAGAUAACACAGAUAAAGGGGAUGAAAAUGUAACAGAGAAAGUGCAAACUCUGGAGCUCCUGUCCAGGUUAGCAGAGCUCCAGCAGUCUGGAGAAGGGAGUGCAACAGAGAUUGAAGCUGUUUUGAGAAAACUUGAAGAGAUUGGAGGAAGUAAGCUGCUGCCUGGAGACAUAGAUGAGAACAGCGAUAAUGCAGAAGGAGAGCUUGACUUGGCUGAUCGGCUCUCAGGGCUGGAUAUUGACAAACUUUCAGAAGAGGAGCUGUGGGAGCUUCUCAACUGCAAAGAGAGAGAGACGUUUAUGGAUUUGAUGAAGGGUGGAGCUCUUGGUGGGCUGGUUCCCUUGUGGAAGCCAUGGUGGGAAGAACAUGAGGAGGGAGGGAGAGCACUGGUGGAGGAAGUGAUUAAACUGGAGAGAGAAACCAUAUCAACCACACUGGAUGAUGAUAAAGCCAAGACUUCACAAGUUGUAAUUCACAAACAGGGCAAAGCAACUUCAAAAUUGAGAAAGAUUAAAAGUGGAAAGACAAAGGAAACAAGCAAGGGCUUGAGUUCAACAGUUCCCACCGUGCCUCCUGUUUCAGCAAAAAUUCCAAAGUUGAGCUCUUUAUGUGCAAAUCCAUCUCCCCUGGUGUGUUAUGGUUUGGUCAAUGUACUUUUUGGCUACACCUUCACCCUGUGCCUGUUUAAUGGUGACACUGAUUCACUGAUUGAGUUCUGUGACAUGAUUCUCGCUCUUUCUGAGGCACUAAACUCAAGCAGGGUUUUUAACACGGUCCAAGAGGCCUUAGACUGUGGAGAAACUCUCAUUUUGGGCGGAGGGUACCUCGACAAGGAGGAUCCACUGGCCCCAGUUAGGGCGGUGGAAGCCGUGGCUCACAUCAUGACGGGCAAAGACAGAAAGGAUACUACAGGAUACUGUCUAGCAGCCUUGAGUCAGCUUCGGUCAAUGCUCUCACAGGCCAGAACAGCUCUGUCUAAAGAUGGAGAGGAAGGGGUAAGGAGAAAAAUGUACUUCCUGGCAAGCAAGAAGUGUGAAUUCUUUCAAGCCUGGGUGUUGGACAAUGUGCAUCAAGUUUGUGGACUAGCUAUUGAGUUAUGGAAUGAACACAGCAGAAGAAACAGUGUGAGGAAGACCAUGGAGAAAGCAAAGACUGUAGUUGAAGAGAAGUUGAAGAAAGGGAAGAGGAAGGGGAAUAUUAAGUUAAUUGAAGAACUGAGCCAAUAAAGUCUUUCUUGAACAUGUUGAUGUUUGUAGCAAGAUAAUGAUGUAAUAAAUAUCUAUGCCUAAAUUAUCUUCUCACUGUGAAAAUCAAUCACUAGGUCAUGGCUUGUUUGCUCUUAUUAUACUGUUAAACACUGUCAUUUGGAUGAGCUUUGUGAUAUAAAUGAAAA